AUGUCCCUCCGUAUCUCAGAUCUCACUCUGCCAGAUGGUGGAAUAUACAGGUGUGAAGCAGAUGGACUCUACAGAGACAUCAGACUCACACUGAAAGGGUGUGUUUUCUCUGAUUCUGGACCCAUACCCAUCACUGGAUUCACAGGACACUCUGUGGUCCUGCCCUGUACCUGUACUGAUGUGCAGAAGAAACCUGAACAGAUCAAAUGGACUGCAGACCUAGGAAACAACAACACUGUUAUAUUUCCACAAGGUCCUACAAGUGGCAAUGAUCGCUACAAACACAGAGUGCAGCUGUUGGACUCUGUCUCCCCUGGAAACCUGUCUCUCCGUCUCUCAGAUCUCACUCUGUCAGAUGAGGGAACAUACAGGUGUGAAGCAGAUGGACAAUACAGAGACAUCAAACUCACAGUGAAAGGGUGUGUUUUCUCUGAUUCUGGACCCAUACCCAUCACUGGAUCCACAGGACACUCAGUGGUCCUGCCCUGUACCUGUACUGAUGUGCAGAAGAAACCUGAACAGAUCAAAUGGACCGCAGACCUAGGAAACAACAACACUGUUAUAUUUCCACAAGGUCCUACAAGUGGCAAUGAUCGCUACAAACACAGAGUGCAGCUGUUGGACUCUGUCUCCCCUGGAAACCUGUCUCUCCGUCUCUCAGAUCUCACUCUGUCAGAUGAGGGAACAUACAGGUGUGAAGCAGAUGGACACUACAGAGACAUCAAACUCACAGUGAAAGGGUGUGUUUUCUCUGAUUCUGGACCCAUACCCAUCACUGGAUUCACAGGACACUCAGUGGUCCUGCCCUGUGCCUGUACUGAUGUGCAGAAGAAACCUGAACAGAUCAAAUGGACUGCAGUGACAGAACAGCAAAGCGCUGUUAUAUUUCCACCACGUCCUUCCAGUGGCAGAGUGCAGCUGUUGGACUCUGUCUCCCCUGGAAACCUGUCUCUCCGUCUCUCAGAUCUCAUUCUGUCAGAUGAGGGAACAUACCGAUGUGAAGCAGAUGGACAGUUUAAAGACAUCAUCCUCACAGUUAUAGAUGGAUUUGAAGAAUUUUGUUUAAAAGUUUAAAUGGGUUGUGUUUAAAUCUUCAAAUGACAACAUUUAUAUCAACUCAUUGCCUGCAGCUAACCUAGGUGGGUGGGACAUAUUUGUCCCAAAUAUUAUGGUACCGUAAAAACGGCGAUGGGGGGAAGGGGGUUUGUAUGAAAAGUUAUGUAAUCUCUACAUUGUGAAACC